AUGGUUCAGCUGGUGAAGAAAGAGCUGCUGAUGUUGCCUGGCCGCUGCACAAAAUUCAUUAAUGAAGUCGCAACCAUUGGGAGAAUCCACCAUACAAACAUUGUCCAGCUCCUGGGCUUUUGCUCAGAAGGAACAAGGCGAGCACUUAUUUAUGAAUUCAUGCCUAACGAAUCAUUGGAGAGAUAUAUAUUCUUGACUGGUUCUCAUGUUAAUCGUCAGCUCCUAGUUCCCGAUAAAAUGCUAGAUGUUUCUCUAGGCAUUGCCCGAGGAAUGGAAUACCUGCAUCAAGGGUGCAACCAGCGAAUUCUCCACUUUGACAUCAAGCCUCACAACAUCUUGCUGGACUACAACUUCAAUCCGAAGAUUUCAGACUUUGGCCUUGCAAAGCUGUGUGCAAGGGACCAAAGCAUCGUUACCUUGACAGCAGCCAGAGGCACAAUGGGCUACAUCGCGCCGGAGCUAUACUCUCGGAACUUUGGGGGGAUAUCCUACAAGUCAGAUGUGUACAGUUUUGGCAUGCUGGUGCUGGAAAUGGUGAGCGGAAGAAGGAACUCAGACCCAGGUGUUGAGAGCCAGAAUGAGGUCUACCUCCCAGAGUGGAUCUACGAGAGAGUAAUCACUGGCCAGGACUUGGCACCUCAAAGGGAAACGGCGCAAGUUGAGGACGAAACAGUGAGAAAGCUGGCAAUUGUGGCACUUUGGUGCAUCCAGUGGAGCCCAAGAAAUAGGCCCUCGAUGACGAAGGUGGUGAACAUGUUGACAGGGAGCUUGCAGAACCUACAGAUGCCCCCCAAGCCGUUUGUUUCAUCUGCAAGCAGUCAGAUGCAGUAGACCAAGAGAGUGUGCUGCCA